GCCUCUGGUUUUUUUUUUAUUAUUAUUUUGGGUCCAACUUCAACCUUCUCCACCUCACCCCCUUCUACACUUUUAUCCGUACUCAAUUUUCUUCCAAUUCACUACCCUUCUUCAUCAUGAACCCGCCGGAGUUUCCCGGCGGCGGAAAUUUUCCGCCGUCAUCAAAGAAAGAGCUGCAACUCCAAGGGCCACGCCCACCUCCACUCAAAGUCAGCAAAGAAUCCCGCAAGAUCAAGAAGCCACCACUGCCACCGCCCGCCGCCCACCACGACCGCGGCCAACCCGCUCUACCGGAACCAGACCAGCAACGGCGAGAGCCCGUGAUAAUCUAUUCCCUUUCUCCUAGAGUUAUCCACGUCAAACCCGGGGACUUCAAGGACCUCGUGCAGCGCCUCACUGGGCUACCCCCCCUCGAUGAACCGCCGGCCGGGGCUGAAGACGUAUCACCGGCGGCGAGGAUGGCUUCCGUUGAAAAGACAAGCCCGCCUAAAAAAGAAAGGGCUUUUUCGAGCAAAGAUGAUGACAUGAUGUGUAUGUUAGGAGAAGGAGUGGAAAUGGGUCAAUUUCCAGGUAUAUUAUCGCCGGAGCCGGUCACUUUGCCGCCGAUACCGUUAGAGUUCUUUUCGCCGGGAAGUGACCCGCAGACGAUGUCGUUUUAUAAUGAAUUUUGGUCAGGGAAUAGGUUCUUGCCGAGUCCGUCUUUUCCUUCUCCGCAAUCGUCACCGGACCUGUUCAAUCUUUUCGACUAAAGUUUUCUCUUUUCAUUUUCAUUUUCUUUCUCUUUUUUCCACUUUCUUGAUGAUUGGGUUGCGAGAAUUUAACAUUCAGUGGCUCUUAGACUAAAUAGCUUAAUUUAAUUAUUAUUAUUAUUUUUAUUAGCAUUA